CAGUGCUCCUGACUAACAUUGUUUCACCUGCAUGGAGAUGGGUCUCCGUGGCUGUUCCCCGUGGAUAGGGUGGCGGGUCCUCUGAAAGGUAACCUGGGUGCCUUCUUGCGUGCUGUUCCAGGCGUGGGGAGGAUAAGGUUCUUUGAGCCAAGCCUGUGUUGUCUUCUGUCCGUGGCCUGAUUGUGUCACACAUAGCAGGAGCUUGAGAUGGAUGACAUUUUAUUUGGACUUCAUUAAACAUCUUGGUGCCCUGUCCAUAGAGGCCAUUCUAUCAGUAUGACGGGCUCCAGUUCUAGUUUCCAUCGUGCCCACAGCAAACAUUGUCAUGCACACCCUCAAAAUGCUGGGACAAAGGCCACCAAACCCACACGAUCUCGGAGCCUACAUGACCGACCUCUGGUCUCCUCUCUUACUCCAGCACCAGCCAGUGCGUCAGGUAACUCCUCUGGUGGCUACUCAGAGGAGGAAGACAAGGAAACUGGGGCUCUGUUCUACGUCAACAAAAGUGGCUUUCCUAUUAACAACCAGACCUGGGAAAGGAUGUGGGGACAUGUGGCCAAGAUUCACCCUGAGGGUCAGGAGAUGGUCGACAGAAUCCGAAACGUUGCUGUGCUUUCCAAGCCUUCCGUGCCACCAGUGCCAAGCUACAAAUCUUCAAUGUCGAUGCCAGAAUGGCUCCAGAUUGUUCAGAGAUACAUGAAGGUGCUGCAAUAUAACCACACAGGAACACAGUUCUUUGAAAUAAGGAAGUCAAGGCCGAUAAGUGGAUUGAUGGAGACUGCGCGGGAGAUGACACGAGAAUCUUUACCUAUCAAAUGUCUGGAAGCAGUUAUACUGGGAAUAUAUCUAACAAAUGGACAACCAGCUUUGGAGCGAUUUCCCAUAAGCUUUAAGACACAGUUCUCAGGGAACCACUUCCACCACGUUGUACUUGGAAUUCACUGUAAUGGACGCUAUGGUACAGUAGGAAUGAGCAGGAGGGCUGACCUCAUGGACAAACCUAUGACGUUUCGGACUCUAAGUGAACUGAUCUUUGAAUUUGAAGAAUCUUACAAAAAGUAUUUACAUACCGUCAAAAAGGUUAAAAUUGGCUUAUAUGUGCCACAUGAUCCUCACACCUUCCAACCUAUUGAAUGGAAAUAUUUAGUAAUAAAUAUGGGGAAGAUGAUGCGUGCCGACAUUAAGAAGGAGUUGGAAAAACACGCCAGAGAUAUGAGGAUGAAGAUAUUAAAGUCAUCAAGUGCACAAUCUCCUGUGAAAGAAAGAAGAGGAAAAUCCAUGUCCCCACCACGUGGCCGCAUUAGCCCACAGAGACGUGUCUGUAGGAGAGAUAAAUCGCCUGCAAAGCUAGACAAGAAACCAGCGGACCUCAGUACUCUGAAUGAUGUUGGCUAUCAAAUUCGAAUUUAAACGUUGUAGAAAACACAGAAUUCCCCGGUGCUUUCCUUUGCACUGUACACCUGGCACCGUUUCUUUUUUAAAAUUUGUGACUAUUUAUUAUGAUAUUUUUUUAUUUAUGCUUUGAACUAAGAGUUUGCAUUUUACAUUUUUUAAUGUCAAAGUUGGCAGCUUUGAGAAUUUAUCCUAUACCUUCCCUACUGAGCACCGUAAUUACCCUGGUAUUCUGUGACCGUACUGAUCCUGUUUUGGUUUCUGUCCUGAAGAUCUUUGCAGAAGUGGAAUUAAUUGUUCUUCUAAAACAUUCAUCCCUCAUUUAUGUAUGAAGAAAAAGCCAAGCCUGGAGGGAACAGCAUCAGCAAUGUGAUAUGGACUGCAAUACUGAUAACCCAAGCUAUCCUUUUCUAUGGAAGCUGUGUUGUGCUAGCCAAUGUUCAAUCAAAGUGAGACAAUUCAUUUGUGGUGUCUCAUCUCACAUAGGUUUGAUUGAGAACAGUUACAUAGCCAAGUUUAACCUUCCUACUAAGUUCCACAUAUUUGUUUACUGCAGAAUAUAUGAAGAUAAAGGUCUUGAGGGAUCAUCUCAGGUUUAUUACUAAAGGAUUGUUAUUACAGUUUCAUUCUUUGAUAUAAGCUUGAAAUGAACCACGACAAUUUGUCAUCAUAUUAUAGGUAGCAAACAGCAGUGCUUUUUAUUGGCACAUUUAAUCAAUAGAUCAAGGUAUCCCAUCUUGAUUCCUCAGGAACAUCUGCUAUUAACCCAGAUUUUAAGGAUAUCUGAAGUACAGCACGUAAUAUAAUUGACUAAACUGCUUUGUGUUUUUCUAAAGUGAUUUCAACCAAAGUAAUCCUAAUCAUCUGGCCUGGUGGCAAAUCUUGAGGACUGGAGUUGGCGACAAGAUGCUGUUUGUUGCUUCUUUUGGUCAAGUUGUAGAGGUUUUUUUUUUGUUGUUUUUUGACAACAUUUACAUGACUGCAUCAUGACCUACAAAGAAAAAUGGAAGCGAAAUAUAAUAUGUGUUGCCCCAGAACGUGGUUAACCAUUUACCUGCCAGAUAGGGCUGCAACAUAUUGUGUAGUAAUUAAGAUACAGUCUAAUAAAUAAUAAAUGCUAAUAUAACGUCUGACAGCUACAGAAGAGCAACAACACAUGGACCUAUGCAAAUGUUGUAGUGAACAAACUAAUUAUAUUCCAUGGUUAGAAGUAUGCAGUAAAAUCAACUGGAAAAUAAGAGAUUCUUAGCCUGUCAUUUACUAGUAUUUAAUGAAGUGUCUGGAUAAGGCAAGAAUACUAUGCAAAUACCUUGUUUCAAAUGUGUACAAAUGACAUCAUUUUGCUUUUAUACAUGACCACUAGCCAGGGCUGUGUUACAUGAUACAUAACUGAGCAAUAGAAACAGGAAAUUAGAUGAGAACUUCAGAAGUCAUGUGACCUGUUACCUCCGCAUUCUGCUAAGUGAUAUUAAAACUAUCUGCAAAUAUUACCAUGCUGUGAAAUGAAACUUCCAUAACCUACAACAAUCACAGUAUUUUCUUAUGACUUUGUGGGGGUUCACUGAAGCUAAUGUCAUAUUUCCUACUGAUAGAGGGUUUGUUAAAUCAGAGCUUUUAAUUUGAUACUUUAGCCUUAAAAUACAAUAAAUAACAAAGCCUGGCAUAAAAACUAAUUAAUUAAAACGUUUUAUAUUGAGGGUUGACAAAUUUCUAUAAAACCAGAAUGAAAAUGUGUUUGAAACUGGAAUAAUAUUUACUAAAAAGGGAAGUAAGAAGUAGUAGAAUCUAAAAAGUUGAUUAGAAUUAGGAGCCAUAGCUCUGUGACUCUUGGAAUAUGCCAGGCUGUUUAUAUGGCAUACUAUUAGCAUAACUUUAUUUACAAAUGUUUUUUCUGACUCCUAAGAUUCUUGAAUUGUUAUACAUAGAUCUUCACAAAAACGUCUUCACUGGUGCUCAAAUCAAUCUCAAUCUUCUUCCUGGCUCCCGCUCCUCAGAUUCAUAUAAAUUGAUCAACCUCUGAGAGUCGUAUCAUCCCAGAAUUAUUUUUAAAUGUUGUAAAUAAAUUUUAAAUCUUUUAGUUUAAAAUAAUUAUAAACAAUCGAGUGUUGACAGUGAAACACAUAUUUUAUACAUUGUUAGAAAAUCACUGCUUCAGGUAGAUUCUGCGUACAACAAAUAUCACAAAAGAUAUUGGCUAGGGUGCUGUUAAAAAAGGAAUUUAGUAUUAAAAUCAUUGAAAACAGAUUAAAAAUAGACACCUUGUAAACCAGAAGGGAAAAUAAAUGACAUUUUAUAGACUUUACAUGAGUUUAUACAAAGUUUAGGAUGCAUUGAUUUAAAAAAAAAAAGUGUGUUUUGAAAGAAUUUUUACUGCAAACAUAAACGUAUCUCUUUUGUGCCCUUUCAGUCAAAAUGUGAAAUACAGGUAAAUCUCUGUGACCUAGUCACACACUGGUAACGUACAGUGGCCAAAAGUGUGUGCACAGCACUUACCUGAGUAUGUUCACUUUGAUUGACAGGAAAAGGGUAUGGAAAAGAGGGUUGCAGUAUUAAUACUUUUAAAAAUAAGUUAUAUGGGGCAUAUCAGCCAAAAUGGAAAUGCACAUCACUGUAUCAGCAAAAAUGCUUUGUAAAAGCUACUAGCGAUGUUUCUGUGAAAGCUUUUAUUGUUCACGACACUUGGAGCAUAUCUAGAUGUGCUCUGUGCACCAACAUUUUAAAUAUAUCUGCUCAGAGAGCCAUCAGUGGCUGGUACCAUGUUAGAUUUGAGUUGUUAUCCGUGUGAUAAACCACCAGCUCUCUAGAUCUGUUCUAUGUGUCUAUGCACAGUAAAAAUAUAGCUUUUACUAGAAGCAUUUUUGCUCAUAUAUUUUAUUAAAUUGAAAUUCACGAAUGUGCAAUUCAGUUUUGUAUCCAUUUAAUGAGUGUGUACUACAUAUUUUUAGUAGACUCAUCUAUAGUCUGAACAGGAAAUGCAAGGGUUCCCAUCAAAAUAAAGCAGGUGUGUGGGUAUCUACCUAUGCUAUUCAAUAUUUUUAGUAAAUAUUUUUUCUUGUUCAUAAAUUUUAUUUUACUGUUAAUCUUUAGAAUUCACCAAAAGACUAUGUAACGAAAAUAUAUGCAGUCAUAAUACACAGCAUCAUUAGACUAGUUUUUCUCCUGCCUUGUCGCAGUGUCACGCAGCAAAAGUCAUACACAUAUACUCUGGUUUUCAUUAAUAUAAUGCAUAAAAAUGUAACAAGAUAAAUUUGUUCCUCCAAUUUACUGUUUCCAAGGUUCUAAGUGUGUUUGUCUUAUUAAGUAUGUUUGGAAUAUUUAGUGCUGUGGGAAGUGGUUUGGUUGUCAAAGACGUACGUAUCUUUUUGGCGUCCUCUUGGUUCUUUACUGUUCCAGUACAAUCUUUUUCUUUUUUUUUUCUACUUGGUCAGGAACCAAUUAACUGUGACAUCAUUAAAUCAAUUAUUAUUAUUAUUUUUUUUAACUAUUUCUGUUUCUAUGUGUUGAAUCAUUAGAGUUACCAGAAUGUUGGGUUUAUCUUCCAUAUAGAUUAAAAUAAGAGCUAAAUAUUCUUACAUAUUUCUUAAAUGGUCUCUUUAGUUUUAAAAGAAAUAGUAAACUCCUUCCUUUUAUAUGAGACAGAUUUUCAAGAUUCUAAAUCCAUGUUCAACUAUCGCUAUUUGAGAGGGACAGUCCCUAAUUCUGAGACGUUUGUCCCUAUGUGCAGAAUUUCCCUUUGCCCCAACCACAGCGCACCCAGACACGCUCACAAAGCAUCCAGACUCACCAAUCCACCACCCAGACACGCACCCAAUCCCUAUGACCAGCCCCCAUCAACCUCCCUGAUAUCCCGAUGUUUGGUAAAUCAGCUCCAAAAUAAUAAAGUUAAAGGGACAUUUAUACUCAAAAAUGUUUUUCUUCCAUCUAAAUUUCAAACUGUUUUGCAGUGUUUUGUGUUGAAAAAAAAAAAUGCAUUUUGCUGUGUUGAAUAAACCGACUUUUCUGUGGGAGUUUUCCUUGUUAGCCAAUGAGCAAAGGAUACCUAGGUGUUGCACUUCCUGUUAGUUUCACUUAAAAUUUAAAAAGCUUUUUCCAUGCAAGGAAGAUAUUUUAGCAUGUUUGAAGGGAAAUUAAACAUCUCUUGCUUUUCCGUAAAAAAAAAUGUGUUUGACUCGCACUUUAGUGAAGACAACAAAUCAAAUUCUGGAACCUACAUUAUCAAAAUGCUGUAAAUUGCCUAAACCAGCCAUUUGAGAUGCAGCAUUUUGAAUACCUACGUUUGUUUUUUUUGGUUCUCCAGCAAGCGUGGGACAACAAAGUGUUUAAUGUGCUUUUAAUGAAUGCUUUUUUUUAUAUAUACAAAAGAAAAAAAAUUAUUACAAUGGCCCUUUAAACAUGAAUGGGACAUGAAACCCCCAAAAAUAUGUCAUGAUUCAGGUAAAACAUACAAUUUUAGACAACUUUCUAAUUUACUUCUAUUAUCUAAUUUGCUUUAUUCCCUUGGUAUUCUUUGUUGAAGAAGCAGCAAUGCAUUAAACAUUGGGUGAUCCAAUAACAUGAAGCAUAUGUGUCACCACCAAUCAGAAGCUCCCGAGCCUACCUAGGUAUACUUUAUCAAGGGAUACCAAGACAGCUAAACAAAUCAGAUAAUAUAAGUAAAUUGGAAAGUUGUUUAAAAUCACAUGCUAUAUCUAAACUGUGGAAAAAAACUGGGUUUCAUAUCCCUUUUUACUUUAAUUUUUUACGUUUUAGAGAUGUUAAUAAAAGGACACAUCUACACACUGUGUGUUGUUUUUUUAUAUCAGUAAUUCUUUAUGGUCUCGUAAAAUAUAUUGCAUUCUGUAUUUUACAGCUUAAGGAGGAGAUAUCUUUUUGGCAGUGAUGUAUUACAGAUCAGAUUUUUUUUUCUUUCUCCAAGUGCACAAUUAUCGCAAAUUAAGUGACAUUAACUUUAUCAUACUUAUAAAUAAAUCAAUUUUGUACUCAUUUAUACAACUAUCUGUAUUAGUAUUUAUGUAUCAGUGAAAAACUUUACAUCUUCAGAUUCCUGCAUUUUUUUUUUUUUUUUAAAUCUUACUGUAAUUUUAAUUUAGGUUUUAUUAUACAAUUUUACUUUGCUACUUUAUUAAAUAAACCUUGGCUUUUAUAAUUUCUA